CCGGCGACGAGGAGGCUGGGCAAGGAUCGCACGCGGGUUGUUCCUGCUGCUACAGGCGGCGUUAGGGUUUGGCGGAUCAUUGUUGGUUCGUGGCGAUGGACGUUUCAGAUUUGAGUGCAAGUUCAAUGGAGUACGAAAGCGGAAAUACAGAUGAAGAGGAAUUCAAUAUUUCGUCUGCCAACGAUAAUGCACCUCCUGAAGAUGAACAAAGUUGUGGAGACGAUGAUGUCGACGAAAGUAUGGAUGCAGAUGGUGUUGAUGUAGAAGAUGAUAAUGUAGAGCAAGAAGAAGAUGUUGACACUGAUAAUAUUCAGAGUGAUGUUGUGGAGGAGCCAACUGAUGACGAGAGAUUGGACUGUGGUUUUGUUGAUGAGGUCUUAGUUGGCGAUAAUUCUUCUUACGACUAUUACGGUGAUUCAGACUUGGAGACUAUAGAAGAACCUGUUAGAAGAAGACAUGUGAAAUCAGUUGGUAAGAAAAAGAAUGGAUCAGAGGAUGAAGAUGAGAGUGAUACAGAAGAUAAGAGAAAGUUUUACUGGGAAGUAAUGGAGAAGACAUUUGUGUCUGAGGCAGCUGCUUAUACUUUUUAUAAUGGAUAUGCUCGACAAGAGGGAUUCAGUGUAAGAAAGUUCAAGUUCAAAGAGACUAAGGGUGCUAACAAAAUAGUUCGCGUGAAGGCGGUCCCAGAGACCAUGUAUGACCCGGAUUACGCCGGUGUUCAUGUUGGGCCGGAGCGCUGCCACCAUCACUUGCCGUGCCAUAAUUGUGGCAUUCAUUUGAGGAGGAAAAGGAAACCAGAAUCUCUCGGUAAUGUAGAGUAUGCUACCGCCAAUUACCAGCUAGUGCUUGAGAAGAGGGAGCUGGAAAAGAAAAACCUUGAACUGCAUAAACAACUUGGUAGCCUGAGUAGUGAGCAAGAAGCAAUGGUUGCAAAAUCUGCUGCUGAACUUGAGAAGGUUAUGAGGGAGAAGGCAGAGCUGCAGAUUGCCACUCUAAAGGAGGAGAAGAAGAAGCUGGAGUAUUACGUUGCAGAUCUCUUCAAUAUUAGAGAUAGAAACCAGAAGAAGAUGAAGGCCAUACAAGAGAUUUGUGCAAGUUGGGAGUGA